UAUCCCCGAUUCAGUCCCUCAACUUUCAUUUUUGGACUAAAACUACCCUCAAACUUCAAAAAGUACUAAAAAAAUCCUUAAACUUCAAUUUUUGGGACCAAUUUUGUCCUUCCGUCAGUUAAUUGCUGACGUGGCAAAAUUUUCGGUUAACAAAUUCAAUUUUUAUUAAUAUUAAAUAUUACCUGGAAAUAAAAUGAGUGAUGUGGCAUUUUUAAUUAUAAAACUAUUGAACCAAGCACCAACGCCUGGGUUCCUCGAACCCAGACGCGGGUUGAGGAACCCAAGCGCGGGUUCCUCGAACCCAGGAGUGGGUUCCUUGAACCCAAGAAGCCAGGAUGCCUGGGUUCCAGGAACCCAGGCGCGGGUUCCUCGAACCCAGGCGCUUGGUUCCGAACCCAGCACCUGGGUUUGAGUCGAACCCGCCUGGGUUUUUUCAUUGUGUUUCUUUGUUGGCUUGCAGUCAUGCUUGAAUGUGAUUUAGAGUUUUGUGUUGCUUCUGAUUGCUUGAAUUUCCAGAUCUAGUUACUGUCGAUGUUGAUUGAAGGAAUGUUGUGUUUUCUUUACAGAUUUGAUAUACAUUUGUAGAGGAAUUGAUUUUUUGAAUCAGAUCUAUUGGUCAUUAUCAUUAUUGUGCAAGGAACCAGAUUUGAGUUCUAUUAGAGAGGAGGUUUGGGGAAGAAGUAGAUGGUGAUUGGAGUGGUAAUAGAUGAUCGGAGCAAUGAGGGAUGACCGGAGUAAAGAGGGAUGAUCGGUGUUGAUUGGGUUGCAAGAUGAGAAGACAUCUGAGGAUAGAGAGAGACGAGAGGUGAUGGAAGAUGAAGAUGGGGGUAUUUAAGGAAUUUUAAAUUUUUUAAUAUAAAAAUUAAUUAAAA